UUAUUAGCAGAUAGUAAGUAGGAAUCAAAUGCGUUUUGUUGACCUGAAUAACUUCAGAUAAAAAACAUUUUUGUUGCUGCAACAAAAGCAUUAAUGGGCUUAGUCAUUAACCAGUAGGUGUCCUAAAAACUUAACGAUAAAUAAAUUAAUUGCGUCUGGUCUACAGCCAUAAAUUCAUUGUCAUCCAUGUUGAGACACGCAGGUCGCCGGCUUAUUAAGUCGACCUCUUUCAAAUGCAUCUUUGGUUCGAUUUCGUUAGGUUUUUGACCAAAGAUCAGAUUAUACUUAUAAAGACAGGUCGUUGCCCAAGUUAUACCUCCAUAAUUUCACCUGUGCGUGGGAGACGCGAGUUGUGGUAACAAAAGUUUCGGGUCGCGCUAUCAGACCUCGGCAGGACACCGCGUUAGUAUCAUCGACAUUGUGUUUAGUUUUGAUUGGGAUUUUUUAAACAUGGAACAGUUAAGAGCGAGUUUUCUAGUCAAAAUUGCAUUGGUCUUCUUUUUAGCAGUACCACUAAAUUCAGUCACAGUAAGCCCGGACCUGUGCCCCACGAACAAAAUAGCUCCCCAUCGGAGGAUCGUAAGCUGGGGGCCACCGAGUGGACGGACUUUCGCCGCGUAUUAUGACCUCCUGGCGCCUCGCCCUCCAAACUAUUCUCUUCAGGAUCAAGCGUCGCUGCAAGAAGACCCUCAGCCGGACCAGCCAGAUGACUGCGGAGAAAUCGAGGACUACGACGAAAAUGAUCUUAGCUCUCUAACACCUCAAAGGACCCGUGGCAGUCGUGAGGAUAAGCGUUGGUUUUUCGGGUUGUUCGACAAUCGGCCGCCUCAGCAGUUGCCAGCGUAUCGGCCCCCCACGACUACGAAUAGACCCCAAAAUAACCCUCAGAAUGGGGGUCGACCCCCGGGUCUUCUAAGACCUCCUUAUGCGUCAGGAGGUCUGCUGAGCAAUAAUUACUACAAGCCGCCAUAUCAUCAAGUGCCAUCAGAUCAUUUGAAACCUGUGCACGAGUAUUCGGAUAAUUCGGAAGUUCAACAGACUUAUCGCCCUGACGUCGUGGGAGGUCCUCUUAUGCAUAUAGUAGGCCUGACUAGACCUACCGUCCCCACACCUAAUGACGCCAUAAGACGGCGACAAGAAUAUCUUGACAGUUUGCGCCGACAAUCUACGCCGCCGACUUUUCAAACAGUAACGCGACGCCCAAGGCCUAGGAAAUUAACUAAUGACAGCACUGUAAUUGGAUCCUUUAUAGACUUGUUUUUCAAAUGAAACAUACACAAUAAACCUAUGUUUUAUUUUUUUAUAUUAUAGUACCUAAGUAUUACUCAUGUUCUUCGUACGCAAGGACUGACCUUUUGUUUCCAU